AUGUCAGACACAGUUACCGAUCCCCAAGAGCAAUAUGAGUGGAUCACCAAGAACCUCCAGGAGGUUCUGAAUCCGCAGAUCAUCAAGAACGUGCUGGAGGUCGAAAAAAGACCGCUCCGCGUUUACUGGGGUACUGCUCCGACCGGUAAGCCCCAUUGCGGAUACUUUGUUCCAAUGACCAAGCUGGCGCAUUUCCUCAAGGCAGGAUGCGAGGUGACGGUUCUUUUGGCCGACCUGCACGCUUUCCUGGACAACAUGAAGGCGCCUUUGGAGGUGGUCAACUACAGAGCCAAAUACUACGAGCUGGUGGUGAAGAGCAUUUUGAAGUCGAUCAACGUUCCUAUUGAGAAGCUGCGGUUUGUGGUUGGAUCUGAGUACCAGCUGAGCGCGGAGUACACGAUGGACAUUUUCCGUCUGUCUAACAUUGUUUCGCAGAACGACGCCAAGAGGGCCGGUGCGGACGUGGUGAAGCAGGUGGCCAACCCGCUGUUGUCUGGACUGAUCUAUCCGUUGAUGCAGGCUCUGGACGAGCAACAUUUGGGCGUGGACGCCCAGUUUGGAGGAGUGGACCAGAGAAAGAUUUUUGUUCUUGCAGAGGAGAACCUCCAGUCCUUGGGAUACAGCAAAAGAGCGCAUUUGAUGAACCCGAUGGUGCCAGGACUCGCUCAAGGAGGCAAGAUGUCUGCUUCCGACCCGAACUCCAAGAUUGACAUUUUGGAGGAGCCAAAGGUGGUGAAGAAGAAGAUUGCUUCUGCGUUCUGUGCUCCGGGAAAUGUUGAGGAGAACGGCUUGUUGUCGUUUGUGGAGUUUGUUGUUGCUCCAAUUUACGAGCUCAAACACGGCAAGGGUAAAUUUGAGUUUGAGAUCCAGAGACCAGAGAAGUUUGGCGGUGACGUGACCUACCACUCGUUCGACGAGCUGAAAGAGGCGUUCCGAACCGAGAAGCUGAGUCCCGUGGACCUCAAGACGGGUGUUUCGGACGCCAUUAACGAGCUCCUAGCCCCAAUCAUCAAGGACUUCAAGGAGUCUCCAGAGUUCCAGGAAGCACAGGCCAAGGGCUACCCUGCUCCUGUUGAGGAGAAAAAGAAGGUCAAAAAGGUCAAGGACAGAGGCUCCAGAUACCCGGGGGCCAAGCCUAAGGACGACUCAACCGCCCCGGUGGCCCAGACCGCGGAGCAGCUGGAACACACCAAGCUGGAGUAG